CUCCAGUGCCCAGUCCUGGCUUGACACACUGCACAUGCUCAGUAAGGGUUUGUCCAAUGAAGGAGCUGACUGGCAUCCAAUGGGAGUGCAGGGUUCGACUGCCCAGGAACCAGCCCUCUGCCUUGCCCUUUGCAGCCUUCUCUCCCUUGAGGCCUGAGCUGGGCACCCUGGGGGCCAUGCAGAAGGCUGGGGCAAGGGGCCGGAGGGCCUCUGACUGCGGGCCUGCCCCUCACCGACCCAGGUGCAUCACCAAGUUUGCCCAGUACGUGGGUUCCUUCUCCGUGGAUGACCUGGACACCCAGGAGGGCGUGUGGCUGGUGCAACAGCAGCUGUGGGCACUGAAGGACUGUCCCCGACGCCGGGCCGUCAUCCUGAAAUUCAGCCUCCAGGGCCUCAAGAUCUACAGCGGGGAGGGUGAGGUGCUCCUGAUGGCACACGCCCUGAGGCGAAUACUCUACUCCACCUGGUGCCCAGACGACUGCCAGUUUGCCUUUGUGGCCCGAAACCCACGGAGCCCGGCCAGCAAGCUCUUCUGUCACCUUUUUGUGGGCAGACAGCCUGGAGAGGCCCAGAUCCUGCACCUGCUGCUCUGCCGCUCCUUCCAGCUUGCUUACCUCUCGCAGCACCCUGCGGAGCGGGCACAGCCUGAGCCCUGCCCCGGGCCCGCAGGGGAUGUGCCCCUGAAGCCACUGGCCAGCCCUGGGAGGCCCCCUGGCCUAGUCCGGGAGCCCUUCGUCCGUGAUCAGCUCUCACAGAACGUGCGUGCACUGGUCUCCUUCCGGCGGCUGUCAGCAGAGGGGCCCAUGGGCAGUGGGAAGGAGCUGCUGGAGUUGGAAGGCUGUGGGAGUGCCCGCCAUUCCCGCCUGGGGAAUCCCUACUGCUCCCCGACCCUGGUGCGUAAGAAGGCCAUCCGCAGCAAGGUGAUCCGCUCCGGGGCCUACCGCGGCUGCACCUACGAGACCCAGCUGCAGCUGUCAGCCCGGGAGGCCUUUCCUGGCGCGUGGGAGGCGUGGCCGCAAGGUCCUGGCAGCCCCGCGAGCCCGGUGGAAAGUGAGGGCAGCCUGACUGAGAACAUCUGGGCCUUUGCUGGCAUCUCCAGGCCCAGUGCCCUCGCCCUGCUCCGGAGAGACGUGCUCGGGGCCUUCCUGCUGUGGCCCGAGCCGGGGGCCUGCGGCCAGUGGUGCCUGUCCGUGCGGACACAGUGCGGCGUGGUGCCCCACCAAGUCUUCCGGAACCACCUGGGCCGCUACAGUGUGGAGCACCUGCCGGCCGAGUUCCCCAGCCUGGAGGCCCUGGUGGAGCACCACGCGGGGACUGCGCGCAGCCUCUUCUGCUCGCUCGACAUGGGCCGCCUGAACCCCAGCUACGAGGAGCAGGACUGUGGGCCCGAGAGCAGGCCUCCCCGGACACUGCGGCCCCUUGGCCAUGCCAAGUCCGAGGCAGAGCUGCAGGGCCUGGGCUAGGAGGCCGGGCCCACACCAACAGGCCUGGCCUCCCCGGGUCCCUGGGCCUCAGCAGGCCACUCUGCCCUUCUUCCACCCCGCUGGUCCGCUCCAUCCAGUCACUCAGCCCCUCGGACCAGCCUUCCAUCACUUCACUGCCUGUGGCGGAGCCCUGUGGGGUUCUCCCUCGACAUGUGGCCCCUUGAGACUGCAGGGCGGGUAGCAGAUCUCCAGGCUUCCGUGAACUUGCUGGGUGGCUUGGGGGCUUGUCCUCUGGGCUUCACGGGAGCUUUCUGGGGAGCGGGGGGCAGGAAGAGUUAGUCCCAGUGGAGGGGUAGCCUCUCCUUAGGAGGCCAGGCUCCGGGGCCCUGACUGGGAGUCUCUGGAGAGCUCCUGACAGGCAGCCAGACAUGGAGGGUGAAGUGCCUGGGGAGGCGGGCGAAGUGAGGUUUCACUGUGGGCAAAGGCCUGGGAGAGCCGCCCUCUCAUGAGAGACACAGAGAUGACUCAGUGGAGCCCGUGGGCCACAUCCUGGCUGCCUGUUUCUCAGGUCAUCUGAGGUAAGGGAGUCUUCCCUGGAGUUCUGAGGAGCAGGGGUAGGAGGGUAGAAAGGCCAGGGUGGAGGAAGAGCCACACCACCCAAAGCCCAUGCGCAGGGCGGACACCUGUGUGCAGAGCGGGACGUGAGCCAUCGGGGCGAAGAGUCCCCGGGCAGCGCUUGGGAAGCCGGCUUGUCUGUACUCAGAACCACGGGGUGGGGAUCCCGCUCACAGGGAAGGGUGCCCAGCCUCUUCCACUCCCCAUGACACACACGCCGUGCAUUUCCUUUUGCCGCUUGACUGAGAGGGGAUAGCAGUGAGCACGGGCUUAGAGGGUGGACCAGAGUCCCGCUCAGCCCGCAGGCUGCAGCAGGUUUCGUGGCUACCCGUGAAGUCACCUGAUGAGGGGAUUGCCCUUAGUGUGGCGCUGACCAGGCUGUCGGGAGCCGCCGUGCCCCCCUUAGGCUAGUUCCUCUGGGGAGGGGGUCAGAGGAGAGCCAGGCACAGUCAGAACUGACGUGGGCUCUGCCAGGGGGCUUGGCCUCAAUGGACAGAGUGGGUCACGGACAUGACUGUAGCCUGCGGGACUGAUCCCGUGCUGACCGGCAGGAAUCCCCCUUCAUUGGUAAGCUUGACAGACACGAAUUACCAAGCGAGGGAGGAAACCCACUGGGGGUGAACUUCUAUUUCUAAGGCAGAGGCCUGGUCAUGAAUCUGGGGCUGCCCUCUCCCUCCCCUGGGAGUUGGAUGUGACUAUUCGGUGCCUUGAAAGUAACAGAUCCUGACUCCUCCCGUGAAUAGCAGCCCCACAGAAGAGAAACGGAGGGAGGAUUCUGGGGGGCUGGUGCUCCCAGCUUACAAUCCCGCUGCCAGGACGGUCUUGGCGAGGGACCCUGUCGUUCUUGUCAGAGAGAUGGGGGAAGCUGCCCUUGGGGGCUCAUCUCACUGGAACUACAGCGCUGAUUCUGUACUGAACGGGAACGGGAACCCGGAAUUCCCUGUGCAGCCAUUGCUACCUGAACCCGUCUCCCUGGGCAAAGCCCUGGUCCCUAGUGGGAGUACCCAGCCCUACAUUUCCCUGGCAAGGAGAAGGGUUUGCUGGCACAGUGCCCAGGAUGAGAGCACUGGAGUCGCACAUGUAAGAGCUGGUAACUGGCCCGGCUCAGGCCAGAGCUUUGCCUCUGUGAUGGAUGUGUUUUGUGCAAACUAUCCAUGUGGAUAAGGUGUCGGGUGCCCCCAAAGCACUUUAACAUUCCUUUUCACAGCAUUUAUUAUUCACAUGGCACAGAUAGGGCAAGGUUUUUGACCCAUGUGUGCAAACACGUCAAUGUCUUAAUCGUAGAUCAGUUUUCUCUCUUCCAACUUGCACCACCUGGGUAGCCCAGUUCUCUUUACUGUAUGUACUUGAAAUAAAAUGCAUUUCUUCGGAUUGUCC